GGGAGGGAAGCAAGAGAGCAGUCUUUUGGAUUUCUCAUUAAUUCAGUGUGGCCCUCUCUUUCAGUUUUUUUAAAACCCCGCCCACUGACCAUUAUCAGCCCAGGCCUUAUAUAUGCAGCAUGUUGCUCUUGUUUGUGAGUUCAGACACUUUUGAGAGCACCAACUCAAACCUGCAGCCGGAACAGCAACUCUGCCGCCGUCAUGAAAGAGUUCAAGAGCAAAGAAUUCUGGAGGGCCGCUCUGGCCGAACUGGUUGGCAUGACCCUGUUCAUUUUCCUCAGCAUCUCGUCUGCCAUUGGGAACAAGAACAACACUAGCCCGGACCAGGAGGUGAAGGUGUCGCUGGCCUUCGGACUGGCCAUUGCAACGCUCGCCCAAAGUUUAGGCCACAUCAGCGGAGCCCACCUGAAUCCUGCAGUCACUCUCGGGAUGCUCGCCAGCUGCCAGAUCAGCGUGCUGAAGGCCGUCAUGUACAUAGUGGCUCAGAUGCUGGGUUCGUCCCUGGCCUGUGGCAUUGUGUAUGGAGCACGUCCAAGUGCCACUGAUGCACUGGGGCUCAACACUCUCAAUGGUGUUACUCCCAGCCAAGGCGUGGGCAUUGAGCUCCUGGCAACCUUCCAGUUGGUGCUGUGUGUCAUUGCCGUCACUGAUAAACGGAGGCGUGAUGUCACCGGCUCAGCACCCUUGGCCAUUGGCCUCUCGGUCUGCCUGGGACACUUGGCAGCUAUCAGCUACACAGGCUGUGGAAUCAAUCCCGCUCGCUCCUUUGGCCCGGCUUUAAUCCUGAACAAUUUUGAGAACCACUGGGUGUACUGGGUGGGCCCGAUGUGCGGCGGUGUCGCAGCAGCUCUCGUCUACGACUUCCUGCUCUCGCCCAAAUUUGAAGAUUUCCCCGAGCGCAUGAAGGUCCUGGUCAGCGGCCCAGUGGGCGACUAUGAAGUUAACGGGGGCAACGAUGCUACGAAUGUGGAGAUGACGUCAAAGUAGCGCUGAGCAAGUGCACCCCCCUUAGUGCCAAUGCACGUGUCCAUACUCCUGUAAAAACCUUUUGAAUUGUAGGAUUCCAGGGUUUUUGUGCUCUUUUGAAAUACAGAUGAGGAUUGUAGUCAUGGGUCAGUUAGUGUCUCAUUCAAAUUCACUGCUUUGUUUGAACCCACACACAAUUUCUAUUCAAACUGACGCUGAGACAUGGGAGUGGAGGUUGUGCAAUCUGGACGGAGCAGUGAGUUGAAUUUAUUGCCCAUAUCAGUAUUCUAUGUUGAGCCAUCUUUUGUAUACUUAUUUCUAUUUCCUUACAUCACCGAUUAUUUCUGAUGAAUAAUGUAUUUUGUGUACACUCUUGAAAUGUCUCACUUUUUUAAGUAAAUAAAACACUUUGUUGUUGA